AUGAGAAUGCAACGAUGGGCUACAAAGCUGUCUGCUUACUCCUAUGAUAUACAGUACCGAGCUUCGAACGAACAUUCCAAUGCGGAUGGGUUGUCACGACUUCCUCAACCCAACAAGUCAUCAGGGCGCACUGUCGAUUUCGCAGAUGUGUAUCAAAUGGAACAAUUGGAGCCACUGCCCGUCACGGCGGAAGACAUUCGGCAACACACGCUCUCAGAUCCAUUCCUACAGAGUAUCUACAGCCACAUCUCACACGGUUUACCGCGCAAAGUGGACGACAGCAUAAAGCCAUAUAUGAUUUGCGCUCCUGAACUCUCAUUAACAGAUGGUUGCAUAAUGCGCGGCCAACGUGUCGUAGUCCCCGCAGCCCUCAGACAGCAAGUCCUCAAGGAACUUCAUGAAGGGCAUCUAGGAAUCGUACGUAUGAAAGAAAUAGCACGGAGCCACAUAUGGUGGCCCGGGAUCGAUAAGGACAUCGAGAGUCUGGCCAAGAGCUGUGAGCCCUGUAACACCACACGCAAUGCGCCCCCGGUUCAGUAUCACCCAUGGAUCUACCCUCAAGCACCGUGGGAGAGAGUACAUAUUGACUUUGCAGGACCAAUUGAUAACAUGAACUUUCUAGUAAUCACAGACGCAUACUCGAAAUGGAUCGAGAUUACACCCAUGCGCACAAUUACCACAGCUGCGACAAUCAACGUGCUCCGUGAUCAUUUCGCACGAUUUGGUCUGCCAGUUCAUUUGGUGAGUGAUAAKGGUCCUYAGCUGACCUCGGCAGAAUUCUCGAAUUUCRCCCAACGCAAUGGCAUAAGACACACUACUACAGCGCCCUAUCACCCAAGGAGCAAUGGACAAGCGGAAAGGUCCGUGGAAACUUUCAAGCUGGCGUACAAAACGGGACAAGGACCACCUUCCCAACGUAUAGCUAACUUCCUUCUGCAAUACCGUAAUACAUCGCAUUCAACUACCCAUCAGUCUCCGGCCAAGCUGAUGUUCGGCAGAAAUCUGCGCACUAGGAUGGAUUUGCUCUUGCCAUACAAUCCAAGACCCCAACACCCGAUGCCCACUGUCUUCGAGCCAUCUCGCUCYUUCCAAGAAAAGCAAAUGGUAUGGUACAGAGAUUUUACCWCAUCRGCAAAUAAAUGGGCUAAAGGCCAAGUGAUCUCCAGACUCGGCGGCGCAAUGUAUAAGGUACAACCGGACUCUCAUCCAACCCAGACAGUACGACGUCAUAUAGAUCAAUUAACGCCUUGCACCACGAAUUUACAAGAGACCGGAAGGUCUGCCGAAGAUUCAWCCCCCAUUCAACGUCCCUCAGACAUUCCCAGUCAAAGAGAGGAAGAGAUGCGUUUGCAAGACUACCAGCUACCUAAAACACCACCUGGAUCCAUGUUCUCUACUGAGGUUACACAGAGAAACAGUCCGUCAACAGAACCACGUCUACCUARCCAUGAAGCAGACCCGCCAGAAAUGUUACGAAGAUCGGAAAGGACAACCAAGGGUGUACCACCUGAUAGACUCAGUCUAUAA